AUGUUUACGAAUAAUAAGAGGCGUAGAGAAGUACGGAUGGGUGGUGGUGAAUUAGAUAUCAAUCUACAAACGCCAAAGAGAAAAUCUCAACGUCUUCUUGAAUUACAAGCUACUCCUAGUGCGACAAAUUCAGCUUCAAGCAAUGUGUUUCUUGAUUCUGAAAAUGGAGAGGAUCAAAAAUCUGAUUAUGAGGAAGAAGAAUUUGCCGCUGAAGACGAAGUGAAGAAUAAACCUGGGAGAGUUCCUCAAUAUCCUUGUAUUCCUAGCGAAGAGGAGAUGAGCUUCAAACAAUGCUGGGAGAGCGAUAUAAGACAAGAGCUAAUUUUGUUACGUAUGCACAUGAUGUUUAUGAGCAUAAAAGAUGAACUAAGAGGGACACAUAUUUUUCGUCUGCAAAGCACCCAACAAUCUGGAAAGUCAAAUGCGUCAUAUGCUGUGGACAAUGACCUUGCACUGAAAAUAUAUAUCAAACCUAGAGCUACUCCAAAAGUUGUUACAGCUUUUACUGAGCGUAGGAAGUUCGAUAAAAUUUUCAUAUACUCCAAGCAGGCCCAGAUGCCUUCAGAAGCAUGCAUUUGA